CUAAGAUGAAUUGAAAGACGAAGAGGCACGUUUGGCACAGCUCUUAACUCCCAAGGCAGCCCAGGAGGUGAAACAAGAUGGCGGAGGGCGAGCCGUCGUACAUAGACUACGAGGCGUUUCUGGACCCAGGGUUCUCACCCGCUGGAUUUGCGAAUUCGCUAGUUCUCAGCACGAACAACGCCAACGACACGCCUCUGGACCUGUCGACACCGCUGUCGCGCGUGCUGUUUGAUGUGCAAGAAAUCGACACCCACCUGCACACGUUGACCAGCCGGGCGGCGGAGCCUCUGCUGACGCAUACGCGGGACCAGACCACGGCGGCGGAGCACAUCCUACAGGAGACCGGGGAGCAGAUAGGAUCCGUGACGCAGGGGUACGAGCGAUUAGAGAAGGAGGUGCUCCGCAAGUGGGAGGGUGCGGAGGAGGCCCGCGUGGCGGCGGCCAACUCGCUUGCGACGGUGCGACUUGCGCGAGCGGUCGGUCGGUGCGUGACGUUGGGACGACAGCUGGAGAGCCAGCUUGUGGAAGUGACGGGCCGCGGGGGGAAUCUCGCCGGGAGUCCGAUAAACGAAACCCCACCUACGAUAUCGAGCGGGCGAGAUGAUUUCCGAGCAUUGGAGCGAGCGGCGUAUACGAUUCUCAAUCUACGCCGGUUGCUUUCGGCCACGACGACGGAGGGGGAAGAAGGGUACGGUCUGGGGCGGGUAAAGACGAUGCGAACGCUGCGCGGCGACCUGCUCGUCCCCGCGGAGAACACGGUCAAGGCGAGAGCGCAGCAGGCCGUGCAGCGGUUCUCGGCUGGGGCGGGCUCGACCGAUGCGACGGCGGCGGGGGGAUACAAGCAGGCCCGGGAUGCGCGGGCGCGUCUCGUCUCUGCGAUCACGACGCUGUAUAUCCUCUCUCCCGGGGCGGGGCGGGGGGGGGUCCCCGUGGUAUUUGAGUACCGACCGGAACUGCUGCUGUCGACAUUACAAGGCUACAUGCAGACGGCGAUCAGCUCGGCGCUGAGCACGCUGGCGCGGGGACUCGCGAUGCUUCCGACGAUUGACCGGGCGCUGGCGGAUGUGGCGGGGAAAUGCCAGGAUAUUGUCGCUCUCGAAGCGAUCCUGGCGACGUUGAAGCCGCCGACGCACCCUCUUUUACUACCGUUGGGCGAUGCAACAACAAUACCAUCACCUUACAGUCAUGACAAGACGAAUCUGUUGCAGCCACUGCUUCAGUUGCUCGACACCUCGUCCCUGCCGUCGUAUUUCUGGCGGUCGAUCGCGUCGUCGCUGACGGCGCGCGUGCAGGAGAUCCUCAACCGGGGGGGGGUGUCGGCACGCACGCUGCGAUCGAACCGCGAGCGGCUGAAGACGGAGAUCCGCGAGUGCGUGCUGCGGGGAUUGCAGGUGCCGGGGACCAAACAGGCUGGGGAGGGUUGGGAGCGCGAGGCGGCUGUCAUGGUUGGAUCUGUGAGCAGUGCGUUAAGAUACUAAUAAGUUGUACAUAGUAACUACCUAGUAGUAUAUUA